CGUCUCUGCGAAUAUUGAAUUUUGGUCUAUUUUUACAAUUUAUGGGGACUAUUAUGCCCAAUAUCGAAUUUCGGUAUGUUGACGCAGAGUGCGCGACGCAUCAUCGUGAAUUAAUCGUUGUUGACAAUAAAACGAGACGCAAUAAUGUUAUCGUUACAUCAUUGUAGUUGUUGGUCAACGGUUUUGUCGCGCAGCGGUCUUCAAUCGUCCGGUCGUCGUUCGCACGGCGAAAAAUCCGUUUACUUCGUCAUGAUCGUUUACGUGAUAUUAUUAUUCUGUGUGUUCAACACGUCUGUGGCGGCAGCAGCAGCAGCUGAUGACGGAAAGAAUGAAAUCAUACUUGUUUCGAAUCAUAAAAUGUAUUCAAGAACUACCGAAAUUAUGGAUACACCUAUAAGUGUUUAUUCCACAAAUCAAACAAUCAAUGGUGUAUCAAUUAAUAUACGUACAAAUACAUAUUAUAUUUUGGAAUCUUCUGGCUCAUUAUAUGCAUUUUCAAAGAAUAAGACAAAAACUUUAUUAACAACUAGAGAAAUAUUAACAGACAUUUCCUACGAUUGGCUGAAUCAUCAGCUUUAUAUUUUAAUACAAUCUAACACAACAACAGCGUACAGUAUUAAAAAAAUUGAUUUGGAACAUGAAAUAUUAGAAGAAGUAGUAUCUGGAUUUGGUGCAAUAACUCAGAUUGAAGUGGACCCUUACAAUGGAUUUUUAUUUUGGACCUCGAAAUUGGGACUGCAUAGUUUUGAUUUGGCCGAUUCUGAAAAGUCAAAUAUACUAAUUUUAAAAAACGAAGAUAUCGGUCCAUUUGUUAUAAACUAUAUACAGUCAUGUUUGUUCGUGAUAUUCCGAAAGCAAAACACCAUAAUGUCUGUUUCUUUGGAUGGUCAGAAAGUAAUAAAUAUUAGAAAUAACACACAUACAGCGCUAUUUUCUGAUGCUAUAUCUUUAUUAUAUGUGAAUGAAUUAUUUUAUUGGUCGAAUGGUUCUGUAAUAAUGAGAGAAGACUACUUUAUUGAUGAUAACAAAUACUAUCAAACUAUAUAUCCAGAAAUUCAUUUUAAAGUCAAUUUAUUAAUAUCUAAUUUUAUUGAUCAACAACCAAUACCGUCUCCUAGAAAUCCCUCAAAGUCAAAAAAUCAUUCAUUCAUGUCCAAAGUGAAACAUGAAUUUAAUGCAAAGAAUCAUCAUUUGUGGUACGAAUAUGGAUCAGAUGAACCAUGGAUAAUAUUAAUAUCAGGACUUUUGUUGAUUUCCCUAUUUUUGACCAUGGUCAUCAAGUAUUGUAGUGCUAAAAAGCCUAAUAUUAUAAGGAAACUUAGAGAAAUGCCACAAUCUUUUGUACUUACUAAUAAUGUGGGUUAUCAAAGAGCCGUGUUGUUUCAAAAAAGAGACAACAAUGAAUUGAUCAGAAUUAAACGUAAGCAAAUAACGCUAACAAAAAGAUUGGGAUCAGGAGCUUUUGGAGAAGUUUUCGAAGGAAAUGUCAAAGAUAUAAUAAAUGAAAAAGUUGAAUAUUGUGUUGCGUUGAAAUCAUUAAAUGGAUGUACCAGUCAAUAUGUAUUAGAAGAAUUUUUAAAAGAAGCAAAAAUAAUGAAUAAUUUAAAACAUAAAAAUAUUUUGAGAGUUUUUGGAGUAUGUUUAGAUAAUGAACCUAAUUUUAUUAUUAUGGAACUUAUGAAAGAAGGUGAUUUAUUGAGUUAUUUAAGAAAAACCAGACCAACCCAAAUAUUGAACCGUAUGGACUAUAUGAGAAUGUGUAUCGAUGUAGCCGAAGGAUGCUCAUACCUUAAAAAUAUGCACCUUGUGCACAGAGAUCUUGCAGCACGUAAUUGCCUGGUAUCGUCUUCCGACCCUAAAGAGCAAGUUAUAAAAAUUGGUGAUUUUGGAUUGGCAAGAAAAAUGUAUGCACAUUGUUACCGAAAAGAAGGAGAAGCUUUACUGCCUGUUCGAUGGAUGUCACCAGAAUCACUAGUGGAUGGUGUCUAUACCAGUCAAUCCGAUGUUUGGGCCUUUGGUGUCUUGUUAUGGGAAAUUAUGUCUCAAGGUCAUCAACCUUAUCCAGGACUAUCUAAUAUAAAUGCCAUGUAUUAUGUUCAACACGGUGGAAGGCUUGAAAAACCAAUAAAUUGUCCAAAAGCUUUAUAUAAUUUGAUGAAAAAAUGUUGGCAUAUCCAGCCAGAAAAAAGGCCCACGUUUGAAUUUUGUUUAAAAUUCUUAAAAUCAUAUUAUAUGGUUUUAGAAUACAUUAACAAGAGAGAUACACAACUACAGAUUAUUCCUGAAUAUUUAAAUUUAUAAUACUACAAUCAAAGAAAUAUUGUUAAUUUUUUUUUUUAUAUACUUUGUAAAAGUGUUACAAUUAUUAUAACUAUUGAUUAGGUAAUUAAACAUUUUGUCAAAUAUGAAUCAUA